GUAAGGUAGUGAUGUCUCUUACAAUCACAUUGAUUUGCAGAGUGGCAUUUGGGAAAAGGUACGAGGAAAGUGAAGGGUUUGAAAGAAGUAGAUUUCAUGGACUUCUUAAUGAAGCUCAGGCAAUGAUGGGAAGCUUCUUUGUUUCUGAUUAUUUUCCUUUGGUGGGUAGUCACUGGAAUGCAUGCUAGGCUAGAGAAGAAUUUCAAGGAAUUGGAUUUGUUCAAUCAAGACCUCAUUGAUGAUCAUCUCAAUCCAAAGAGGACUGAAUUCAUGCAAGAGGACAUUAUUGACAUCUUCCUUCAAUUGAGAAAUGAUCAGUUCCCUCCAAUUGAUCUCACUUUGGAUCACAUUAAAGCAGUCCUCAUGAAUAUAUUUGCCGGUGGAACAGACACAGGUGUAGCAGCCGUGGUUUGGGUGAUGAUUGCAUUGAUGAAAAAUCCCAAAGCGAUGAAGAAAGUUCAAGAAAAGUAAGAAAGUUGAUCAUCUCAACGGUUUGUUCCAAUCGAUGGGCCGUUGGGCCUUUAAUA